CAACAAUCAUUUUGUAUACAAACGUCGUUUUGGAGAUUUCACUUUAUGUGAAAAGUUGUUUUAAUUAAGGUUUUGAAAAUAAAGAGAUUUUCCUUUAAAUUUUUUUUGUGUAAAUUUCCUAUUUGCGUAUUAUUUGUAUUUUUCGGGAACUUCGUCUCUUUUAUUAAUAAUGUUCAUUUGUCAAAUUUAAUUUACUGCUGAUUGACAAUUAAUUCCCUUUUCAUUGGUUAACAUAAUGUUUUUGACUAAAGAUAUACUCACACCUUUUCAAUUAAAACGAUUGAGUGAUCAUCGGUAUAAUUCUUGUGGCCGUACAUUGCUUGAUCCUAUAGUUCAACCUUUCUGGAAUUGGGCUGUUUUAAAGCUUCCAUUAUGGCUGGCACCGAAUUUAAUGACUAUUGCCGGACUUUUAAUCAAUAUUCUAACAUCUCUAAUACUAAUAUGCUAUAGUCCCGAUGGUCUGAAAGAGGCACCACGUUGGGGUUUUGUGUUGUGUGCUGUAGGUCUUUUUGUUUAUCAGUUGUUAGAUGCAUGUGAUGGAAAGCAAGCAAGAAGAACAGGAACUAGUAGUCCUCUAGGUGAACUCUUUGAUCAUGGUUGUGAUUCACUAUCAACAGUUUUUGUAUCUCUUGGAGUAUGUGUAGCAGUUCAAUUGGGGUCUUAUCCUUCGUGGAUGUUCUUUCAAUCUUUUACAGCUAUCACACUGUUUUACAUUGCUCACUGGCAGACAUAUGUAACGGGUACUCUUCGUUUUGGAAGGUUUGAUGUCACAGAAGCACAAUAUACUGUUAUGCUAAUACAUAUUAUAUCAGCGAUUUUUGGGCCGCAUAUUUGGUCUAUUCAUAUUCCCUCUUUGUACAUAGAAAUAAAGUUGAUUCCAGUUUUUGUAGGAUUUAUUGCUGCCACAUUUGCGUUUUACUCAAAUUUUAUGAGAAUAUUUACUGGCGGUGCUGGGAAAAAUGGAUCAUCUGUUGCAGGGACGAGCAUACUUUCACCCUUCAUACCUCUUGCAUUAGUGGUUGUGCCAGCUUUUGUUAUUUAUCAGAAGUCCAUCACAAGAGUUUAUGAACAUCAUCCUUGUUUGUACAUUUUGGCGUUUGGUGUAGUUGCCUCAAAAGUCACAAAUAAACUUGUGAUUGCUCAUAUGACAAAAAGUGAAAUUGAGAAACUAGAUUCAAUCCUUGUAGGGCCUGGAAUGCUCUUUCUUAACCAGUAUUUUAACACCUUCAUUGAUGAGUACAUUGUAUUGUGGAUAUGUUUGGCAUAUUCUGUUGCUAACUUUCUUCACUACAGUUCUAUAGUAUGUAUGCAGAUAUGCUCUCAUCUACACAUUCAGCUAUUUACUAUAGUUCCUCAAACAGGGUCUCUUCCAGAAGCAAACACAGAAAACCAAUUUUUGUCUACUCCUCUACUGCAAAGUGCUUCAAAUGAUGUAACAGAUGAACCAUGUGAGUCCAUCUCUGUUGACCAAUCACCAUCAUCCUAUCAGCAUUCAUUCUUGGCCGAUUCUGAAUCUCUUACUGAAUGUAAAUUAGAUGAUGAGAUACCUUAAGUUUCAUCUGGAAUGAUUUUUAUAACAUUAAGGCUUAAGUAACUUAAAUUGCAUCUGUGAUAGCUCUCAAUACAAUUUGGUGGAGCAGAUUAUUAUGAAUGAGAUAUAUAUUUAUUUUUUACUCAACUAUAGUACUUCUUUACGGAAACCUAGAAAUAUGUCUCCUUUUAAUUCUAUCAAUAUUUUUUUUUUAUUUCGUGUUUUUGUAUUCUUUUUUAUAAAUUUAUUGUGAUUAGUAAAACAAUUAAAAAUCAUUUUUAUUAGAUUUUAUUAUUAAAGGCAUUAAUUUCGCAUAAGAUUUGUUUAUAAGUAUCUUAUUUAAACCUUCAAUAAUUAAUUUUAUAUUUAUGUUCUAUCUCUCAUUGCAAAAUAUCUAGUUAUUAUGUUCAAUUCUUGUAAUUAAAAUGUUUGUCAAAAAAAUUAUUUUAAAUAAUUUAUGUUUUAUUUGGAAUUAAAAGGUAAAUAUAAUUACAUUAUGAAAAGUUCAAUGUUUAAAUUAGCUUGAUGUCAAAGAUUUCGAUGAGUGUGAUUGUAUUAAAGAUGCCUAAUUGGAGUACCAAUUCCUGUUCUUUUUUUAUUUGAAAAUAUUUUAAACAAAUAGUGUUUAACCAAUUUCUUUGCUUUGCUUGUUCUAUGUUGUUUAAUUUCAGAAAAUUUUUUCAUUGUUUAAUAUAUUUAUCAGGCCCAGAAAUAGCUUUUUUUAUCAUCAUUUGCUACAGGGUG